GUAUACUGAUGUCCCCUGUCAAGAUUCACGUCGUGUCGUUCUGAAAUGGCCAGGAAUCGAUAACGACUAUAUUCAUGCAAACUAUGUGGCCACACCUAGCAAAGAUAACCAUUUCAUUUGUACUCAGGAUAGGAACAAGUGCGAACAGUACUGGCCACAUGAAGUUGGCGAGGUGAUGACAUUUGGAGAAGAUAACGAAGGGAAAAUCACUGUAACUAAUUUGGAUGUUUCUCCCAUGUCCGAAGAGGACUACUUUGUUCGUGUUACCAAACUCAAGCUGGAUUACAAGGAUAAGGAUACCGGCAAGGAUGCUUCUUCAAUUGUCCACCACUUAUCAAUGGGAAAAUUGGCCGGAUCGAGGUGUACCUCAAUCAAAGUUCACAGCGAAUUGUA